CUAAGUCCUAACAGACAGCUCCCCCUCCUGCUACUGCUGCUCCUUGCUUCAAAGCGCAAUAGAAAAACAGAAACUUCCUUCUCCUUCCCUUCUCCUUGUCAAGAACCCACCACCACCAACUACCCCUUCUCUAUGCAUUAGACAUUAAUGGAGGAUUCCGAGAAAUUGACGGCGUUGAAGAAGGCCUACGCGGAUAUAAUACUCAAUACGGCCAAGGAAGCGGCCGCGCGUAUCAUGUCAUCCGAGAGGAGAGCUGUGAGGUUUCAGCGGGAGCUUCUUUCGACUAAAGAAGAAGCGCUUCGGAUGCUUCAAAGGCUCAAACAAAUGUUGGAUUCUAAGGUUAGAGAAGCUGAGAUGACAUCCUUGAGUCAGCAGAAGAAAAUUGAGGAGCUUGAAGCACAGCUCCAGGAAGCUGAGGACAUAGUUAGAGACCUCAGGGAAGAGUUAAGAGAAGUACAGGCUGAACUGGAGAAGGUUAGAAUCAACCAGAUUCAUCCCCCAUUUGAGCAAAACAUAGAAGGUGAAAAUGCAGCUGAGGAAAAACAAUUACAGGACAGGCUUUACACUUAUGAAUCAAUAUAUUCUGUCCCAGCUUCACAGUUUGAAUCUGCUGCAACUUUCAACACUAGAAAUUCAACUCUAAAUGGAACAAAGGAAAUCAACAUGUGCUGUGUGUCACAUGAUCAUAAGAACUGCUGCUACAUUCAUAACCCAGAUUUUGCUUCCAUAGUCAUUAGGAGGAAAGAGCCUGAGCUCUACAGAAAUGGUUGCACACAGAGAAUACGUGCAUUUGAAAGGAGCCUGUUUGAUGGAAAUUUAUCUCUUUCAGGAAAUGUGGAUGAUGUACAGAAUGAAGCAAUAGUUAGAGGAGAUGAAGGUGAAGUCAUUUCUAUAACAACUAAUACUGAAACUGAUAAUAUCUUUGAAGUGGAGAAACCAGAUGAACUUAAAGUGGUUGAUGCAAAUGCUGAUCAUGUCGACGUGUCAUUUUGCAGAAACAAGGAAACCAACCCAAAAUGGGAGGUUGUUCAAUCUAGAUCAUGCCCACACCAGGUCAUGGAAACAAAUAAACCCCAUGGCACAGCUGCAGUGACUGAGGAGUCAGUCACUCCUAAUGAUACUGUAAAAGAGGAAGCAUUAGUUGAAGUGUCAUUUUUUAGAAAUAAAGAAACAAAACAGAAAAGUGAGCUGGUUCAAUCUAGAUCUUGUUCACACCAGAUCAUGGAAGCAGAUAAAUCUCAUGAUCUAACUGUAGUGACGGAGGAGUCAGUGUCUCAAAAUGAUGCUGUGAAAGAGGAACCAUUAGUUGAAGUGCCAAUUUGUAGAAAAAAGAGGAGAAUUAAUGAUAAUGACAAUAAACCAUCUUAUAUUUCUUGCACAAAAAAUUCUCCAUAUGACAAUAAUGAUCCAUCAAGGGAGAACUGUUCCAUAUUAUGUGAAAAUGAAGCUCAGAAGAAUAUGAUAUCUGCUUCAUCUAGAGAACCUACUGACACAAUUUCAAUGACAGAGCAGUCAGAAUCACAAAAGGAUGCUGAAAUAGAAGAAGUAUUCCUUAAAACUUGCUGUGCAUGGAACAAAAUUAAGGAUGAUAAGGAACUUUUGGAUAAAUCAGACUUGACCAGACAAGAGAGUUUGUCUGCUGAAAGUUUGGAGAUUCCAACUUGCAGAGCAGAUGUUGAGGGAGCUAAUGAGUCAUCUGAUACACUAGGUCUAAAAGUAUCUGAUUCAGAUGAGAAAGUUUCUUCUCAACCUGUAAAUGAUAGGUUUAUCAAGUACACAUUCCAAAGAAAACGCAAGAGGGAGUCUCUAAGCAGCUCUGAUGUGGAUUGUUCGAGUAAUUUGAAAGGACAGUCUCAAGAGAUGCAAAAUGGUCACUUGGAGCUUCACAAGUCUUGCACAAUCACCCAAUCAUCUAUGGAUGGUCAUUUGGAGCCUCACAAGUCUUACGUAAUCAGCAAAUCAUCUAGGGAUGGUCAUGUGGAGCCUCACAAGUCUUGCACGAUUACCAAUUCAUCUAGGGAUGGUCACAUGGAGGCUCACAAAUCUUGCACAAUCACAGAAUCAUCCAGGGAUAGCCGGCGUUUAGCACAAGUUGCUCGUCAGCUCAUAUCUUUGUCUGAAAAGAAAUGGUGGCAGUAGAUGGCCUAAAGCUACUAGCAGAUUGAGCAAGAGUGACUUUUGAGAGUAUUCAAGGCACAGUCCACUGAACCGUUCUUUCUGGAAGUGUUGUUUCAAGGGCUGUGGGAUGUGUUAAUAAAACAUUGUCACUAUAUAUUUUCUUUUCCAACAUUUUUAGCCAUUUCAGCAAUUGGGUAGCAUUACAUUAUGUGGACCUUAAAAUUUCAUAUGUUGUUGCUGUCCUUUCUUGGGCCAGCUUUAGUUCAAUGAUUGGAAUAUAAAUUUUGCUAUCUCGAUUUA